UCUCUUACGGGAGACGACGGGUAGGCGAGAAAUUAAGUAAAGUCAGGCCGAUAUAACAGAUAGAGAACACCUGUAUUGCAAUGCAUAAUCGAGACGGCUUACAAUAAGAUAAGAACAAAAAAGAAUAGCGGUUAGCGUAAGAAAGAAAGACAAAGAGAUAAGGCAUUGACAAAAAGAAAUUAAUAAGUCGGACGCAGGAAUUAUUUCCACUCAGACCAUAAUUACGCUACACGCGCCGAUCACGACGACUGGUCCCGCGCGAAGCGCGGCAGCCAAUCACGCGCGCUCUGACCGGCGCGGCAAAAACGCGAACGUAGAGCCUCCGCUAAGGCGCGCCACGUAGUUCUGAGACACAAGUGCGUACAGUAAAAGAUUCGCGUCGACGACAACGCAGUCGCCGGAACUGCACUACAAAGUUAAUAGAACACGCGCGAUACACCAAGUCACCGAUAUCUCGGGCGGCCGUAUGAGCACGGCCGUAAAGCCCGUAUCAGACUACGCAUUGGAGAUUGGGAUUGCAUUAAGAUUGCGUAUUGGAGAUUGGAUUUUGACCAAUCAGAAUACAGAAAGUAAAGAUUGAGAUUACAGAUUGGAAAUAGAGCUCAGUCUAUUUUCUCAAUCUUUAAUCGCAAUGUUAGCCAAUAACUUGGCGAUUCUUUAGUCAUGUGAUAUAAUGUGACAACAUACAGAAGAAAGGUUAAGUGUGCAUAAACAAAUUUAUUUACAAUUACAUGAUACUGAAGAGCAAUUGACAAAAUGCCUCCAAAAACGGAAAUUUGGACUAGUGAAAGGGAAAAUAGGUUAAUAUUUGAAGUUGAGAGACGACCAAUGCUAUGGGAUGUGAGCUGCGAAGCAUACAAAAGAGCUGAUUUAAAAUAUAAUCAGUGGCAUCAAAUAGCUCAAAUAUUAGGUCCAUUUUUUAACGCUGACAUGGUACAACAUCGUUUUACUAGUAUGAAGCAUACUUUUAUGACAAAUCUUCGAAAAGAACGUGAAUCGAAAAGAAGAUGUAGUGGAAAAAGUCCUGAAGAAAUAUAUAAACCUAAAUGGGUUAUGUAUGACAAAUUAAAAUUUUUAACAAAAUCAUGUAUUCAGGCAGAAAGUUCAUCCAAUUUACAAAUGCCUUUAAAUAUUUCACAUUCUGACAAAACAGAACUUUUAACAGAUAAUAUUGCCACUAAGGAAACAACAGAAUUUUACGAAAAUAUUGAAUAUCUAGAAGAUGAUGUUGUAGAUACGGCACAACUUUAUUUACAUGAUACACAGAAAUUGUAUAUCCCUACUGAUGUUCCAAAACAUGAAAUCUACAUCAAUUCAGAUAGCUUUAGUGCAUCUACAUCAGUUUCAUCUUGCUCUAGUACAAAUAAUUUGUCAAGUUUAUUGCCUUCUUACGAUGAGUCUCAGUUAAGUAGUUCAUCUGGCUUAUUGCCUGCAGUAAAGCAACCAGCAACUGUACAUUCUUCUGCAAGUUUAAAAUCAGCAAAUUUAAAAUCUACAUGUAACAAAGAAAAUAUGUAUAUAAAAAGAGGAACAGCUAAAAGAAGAAAGGAAUCAGUAGCAGAAGAGGCACUUGAAGUCAUUAAAGCGAUGAAUCAACCUACGUCCGAAAAUGAUUCAGCAGAAUAUUUUGGAGUCUUUAUAGCAGCAAGAUUACGGGAAAUGAACUCUCAAUCUCGUAAACAAUGUGAACAUGAGAUUAUGAAAUGUCUUGCAAAUUAUUAAUUGUUUUUAUUGCAUAUAUUUUCAUCUAUUUUAUUACUGUCUUAUAUUUUGGUUUUAAGAUAGCUUAAUAUUCAAAUAUUUUAUUAAUAUUUUUAAAAUAAUAAAUUAUAAUUUUUAUUUGUUUAUGACAUGUAAUGCAAAAAAUUGUAAUACAAAAAUAAAUUUUGGUUUAGAGAAAAGUAUUAUAUAUGAUACCAAAGUUGUGGUGCAAAAAUGAGUUAUAGUUUUUAGAUAAGUAUUAUAUAUGAUACUAACGGGGUGAUGCAAAAAUAAGUUUUAGUUUUUAAAUGUGUAUUAUGUAUAACACCAAAGUUGCAAUGCAAAAAUAAGUUUUAGUUUUUAGAUGAGUAUUAUAUAUAUGACAUAAAAGGUUAUAGUAGAAAAAUAUGUUUGAUAAGUAUUUUGUAUAUAAAAUACUUAUACUUUAUUAUUUACUUUGUU